GAACUAACAAACCCAUCUCCGUCAAUCACCACCACCACCGCCACUUCCUUCUCUUCACUCUGAAUCGGAGAGGAAAACCAGAAGAUCACAAAACUCACUUCGGCUUGGCUAUCAUAAUCAUAAUUUCAUUCCGUUUUCUUAAACCGCUUUGCAUUCUCUUUGGUGAUGUAGACGGAUUGAUUGAAAAGUGUUCCUCCACCGGAUGAAAAUUUCUCGUUUCGGAGUUCGCACUUUUCGUAUGCACGGUCGGGAAUUUAUCAUUGGGGAACUGAAUUCGGGAUUCCGAGCUUCUAGGAUAUGACUUUGCUGCGCAAAUUGUUCUUUCGUAAGCCCCCCGAUGGGCUUCUUGAGAUCUGUGAGAGAGUUUAUGUUUUCGACUGCUGCUUCACGACGGAUGCUUGGAAUGAAGAAAAUUAUAAAGUCUACAUGGACGGGAUUGUUGCUCAACUUCGAGAGUACUUGCCUGAUGCUUCGAUCUUGGUCUUCAAUUUCCGCCAGGAAGAAACGAAGAGUCAGAUGGCGAACAUCUUGUCAGAGUAUGACAUGACUAUCAUGGACUACCCUCGGCAAUAUGAGGGCUGCCCAGUGCUCAAGAUGGAGGUCAUCCACCACUUUUUACGGUCGAGUGAAAGUUGGCUCUCACUUGGACAGCAUAAUGUGCUGUUGAUGCACUGCGAACGUGGUGGCUGGCCGGUUUUGGCUUUCAUGCUGGCUGCACUCUUGAUUUAUCGAAAGCAUUAUAGUGGAGAACAGAGGACUUUGGAUAUGGUUUACAGGCAGGCUCCACGUGAGCUUUUGCAGUUUUUGUCACCGUUAAAUCCAAUUCCUUCCCAACUGCGGUAUCUGCAGUAUAUUUCCAGGAGGAAUGUGGCCAUAAAUUGGCCUCCACUGGACAGGGCACUCACGUUGGACUGCAUCAUUCUCAGAUGUAUCCCGGACUUUGAUGGGGAAGGUGGAUGUUGUCCAGUAUUUCGAAUUUAUGGACAGGAUCCUUUUCUUGCUGAUAAAACUCCGAAAAUCCUGUACUCGACGCAGAAGAAAAACAAAACCUUACGAUUUUACAAGCAGGGGGAGUGUGAACUAAUUAAAAUUGACAUCAACUGUCAUAUCCAAGGUGACGUUGUGAUUGAGAGCAUUAACUUGACCAGUGACAUGGACCAUGAACGGAUGAUGUUCCGAGUCAUGUUCAACACAGCUUUUAUUAGGUCUAAUAUAUUGAUGCUUAACCGGGAUGAAGUUGACAUUUUAUGGGAUGCUAAAGAUCUCAUCCCCAAGGAUUUCAGAGCAGAGAUCCUUUUCUCAGAGAUGGAUGCUGCUGCUGCUGUUAUUGCGGAUGGUACCUCAUGCUUUGAGGAGAAGGAGGGACUACCAGUGGAAGCAUUCGCCAAAGUUCAGGAGAUCUUUAACCAUGUGGACUGGUUGAAUCCUAAGGCUGAUGUUGCACUAAAUGUACUCCAACAACUUAGUGCUUCAGUGCAUGACACGAUGGAUAAAAUUUCUACUCAGCAGCAUGAUACUGGAUAUUUGUUGCAUGAAGAAGAUCUUGAAGUGCCUCAAGUAAAACAGAAUGAAGUGAAAAGGUUAUUGCCCUUGAAUAAUGAAUCCCUGGAUAGUGAUUUGAGUAAAAAAGUAGAUAAGCCUAUCAAGACCGGUGUUUCUCCACUACUACGUCGAAGCUCUGACAUUAUCUGUCAGAAGAUGCCCAUUACGUCUAUGAGAACCUCAGAGUCCAGUAAACAUGUGACAAGUUCUACAAAUCUUGAUGUAAAUACACUGGUGGAUGAUCUUGCCUUGUCUAGUUCUGUAGAUACUUCCAGUGAAUCACUUUCACCAAAAACACCUCCACAGCAUCCUUCCUUGAUUAGUAAAUCUAAAAACGUUCAUGAUACUCCACCUAACACACAAUUACCUCCUCUUCUUUCCCCUUUAGGACCAUGUUAUCCUGUUACUGGAGAAAUUGAUGCCCAAUCACAAGACAGAAGUGAGUCAUCAAUCUUUAGUUCAACAUCUGGAGCUUCAUUAUCAAGUACCUUUCCAAAUAAGGUUCCUCCUGACGCUGCUUCCCAUCCUUCAGCUUCACUAAUGACUUCAACUCUGCCAUCUCCUUCCCCUACAACCUCUCUGAAGGAGAUUCUACUUGUUAGAACAAAACCUGCUUCAUCCACUUCAUGCCCUCCAACACCACCCACACCCCCAACUCCUCCUCAAAAGGAGCAUAAACUGGUUAGAGCUGUACCUCCCCCACCACCACCGCCUCCACAGAAAGAGCAAUCAUUGGUUGGAGCCAUGCCUCCACCACUCCCACUAAGGGAGGAAUCACAUAAUCAACUUGGACCUCCUCCUCUAAAGGAGGAGCCUAAAGUUAAAACUGGACCGCCACCCCUUCCACCACUUCCUCCAAAGGUGGAGCCACCUGUUAGUGUUAAGCCUCCUCCACCUCCUCCUCCUCCUCCACGUCUUCCUGGGAAAUCUGAUUCUACCACAGUAUCACCACCACCACCACCACCACCUCCUCCUCCUCCACGUCUUCCUGGGAAAUCUAGUUCUACCACAGUAUCACCGCCGCCACCUCCUCCUCCCCCUGCUGCUGCACUUUCCUCCAAGCACCUUAAUCCUUCAUUGCAGAAUUCUACAUCCGUUCCUGCUGCUCCUAAUGCUCCACCACCUCCAGUUCCCUUUAGCAAAGGAGAUCUAAAAUCAGGCAAUGGUUUUCUAGGAUAUGCCUCUAUUGGUGGUGAUGGAAAUAUUGUGUCAAGUACAACAGGACCACGAGGACGAAUUCUGUCUCGUACAAUAAGUAGUAUGAAAAAUCAAAAUAAAAAGCUGAAGCCAUUGCAUUGGCUAAAAUUAUCUCGAGCUGUGCAAGGAAGUUUGUGGCACGAGGCAGCGAAAUCUGGUGAAGCUUCCAAAGCCCCAGAGAUUGAUAUCUCAGAGCUUGAGAGUCUCUUCUCAGCAGCAGUCCCAAGUUCAGCCCCUACCAAGAAAGUAGGUGUUAGAAGCUCAGCUGGGCCUAAAUCUGAUAAAGUACAACUGGUUGAGCACAGAAGAGCAUAUAAUUGUGAAAUCAUGCUUUCAAAAGUGAAAGUGCCAUUGCAUGAUUUGAUGAGCUCAGUGCUAGCACUAGAGGACUCAGCCCUUGACAUUGAUCAGGUUGAAAACCUUAUAAAGUUUUGUCCUACAAAAGAGGAGAUGGAAUUACUCAAGGGCUAUACUGGAGAAAAGGAGAAGUUAGGGAGAUGUGAACAGUUCUUCCUAGAGUUGAUGAAAGUACCACGGGUAGAGUCCAAGCUCAGAGUGUUUUCAUUCAAGAUUCAGUUCCACUCUCAGGUUUCUGACCUCAGAAAAAGCCUGAAUAUUGUAGAUGCUACUGUAGAAGAGAUUAAGAAUUCUGUCAAGUUGAAGAGAAUUAUGCAAACGAUACUUUCUUUGGGAAAUGCUUUGAACCAAGGAACUGCCAGGGGUUCUGCUAUUGGAUUCAGAUUGGAUAGCCUUCUUAAACUCACUGAGAUGCGAGCACGGAACAACAAGAUGACUCUCAUGCAUUAUCUUUGUAAGGUGUUGGCUGACAAAUUACCAGAAGUUCUAGACUUCUCCAAGGAUCUUGCUAACCUAGAGCCUGCUGCCAAGAUCCAAUUGAAGUUUUUGGCAGAGGAGAUGCAAGCUAUAAGCAAAGGAUUAGAGAAAGUUAUCCAGGAACUCUCAACCUCUGAAAAUGAUGGUCCUAUAUCUGAGACAUUCCGCAAGACUCUGAAAGAUUUCCUCCGUUUUGCUGAAGCUGAAGUCCGAUCACUGGCUUCACUAUAUUCUGGCGUGGGAAGGAAAGUAGACGCGUUGAUUGUUUAUUUUGGUGAAGAUCCGUCUCGCUGCCCUUUUGAGCAAGUUGUGUCAACUUUGCUCAACUUCACGAGGAUGUUCAACAAAGCCAAUGAAGAAAACUGCAAGCAGCUUGAGUUUGAAAUGAAGAAAUCAUCUGAUAAUGAGAAAAAGAUAUGCGAAUCACAGAGGAUACUGCCGACAGCAAUCAGGACUGGUAACGUCAAGUGAUCAGUAAUUGGAUGAACAACUAGCUGUGAGCCAGAAUGGCUGAUGAUGUUGGGCAAGCUUGUGCAUGGCACAAGUAUCAGAAUCUGGCGAUUUGCAUUGCAGAACAGAAUGUAGGAGCUCAUUAUACUGCUUAAGUGAGGUAAAUUAAAACUCUGAGCUAUGGUUUGCCGAGUCUAGUUGAUUUGGAAUGUCAUUUUCAUUCAUUUGAUAAUUGUGUAUCUUAUGGCAGAGGUAGAAGAUCUGGCAUGAUCUUGUUCUUUGUCAGCCAACUUGUAUAUAUAUCUCCCCUCAGAAAAUGUAACAUUGUCAGUAAUUUACAGGAAAGAAGGGAUUUGUUAUUUAUCUCUCCCCUUCGGAUUUUUGUUCUCCUUGUUAGCAGCUCACGUGUUGGUACCUGAAAUGAAAAUAUUUGGACAUCAUCUUGUGUAGCUGCUGAUAUAUAUACUAAGUCACAGUCAGUCAUUGAAGAA